AUGAGAAAGAUAGAGAAUGAAACCAAUCUUCAGGUGACAUUCUCUAAACGCCGCACUGGUCUGUUCAAAAAGGCCAGCGAGCUGUGCACCCUUAGUGGUGCAGAGAUGGCCAUUGUAGUUUUCUCGCCGGGCAAAAAACCAUACUCUUUCGGCCACCCGAAUGUAGAAUCUAUCAUUGAGCGUUAUCUGUCAGGGUCUCAUCAGCCGCUCAACAACUCGAGCACAGCCCAAGCUGCCCGACUCAUUGAAGAAGCUAAUCGCAACGCGACGCUGAGUCGUCUCAAUGAAGAGUUAACUUUGCUUAAUGAAAUGCGCGACGAGGAGCUGAGGAAGGGCGAGGAGCUGCUGCUGAGGGAGAGGGCUGGCCAACAUUUGCAUUGGCGAGAAAAGCCAAAGGAGGAGUUGGAUACGCAACAACUGAUGUGGCUGAAGAUGGAGAUGCAGGAGCUGCAUCGCCGGGUAGCUCAGGAGACUCAGUUCAGGCAGCAGUUAGCUCUAUUUGAUACCACCGGUAACUUGAUGAAUGAGCAGCACUUCACAAACCCUAUGGCGCCAUUUUUUGCAGGGAUUCCUUCAACUUCAAGCCAAGGCGCGAUGAAUAACGAUGCUAAUUAG